AUGGCCGCGCCGACGAGCAGCAGCAAGUAUGGCAACCUCUCCAUGCGCAACAUCAUGAUCCGCAAGAAGCUCGAGGAGCGCAAGCGCUUCGACUCGGCCGACUACGCCAUGCAGAAGGCCGGCAAGCCCGCGCUCGAGAUCGCGACCGCCAUCGAGAGCCCGCGGGCGGCCGACGUGCUCUCGCCGGCGCACCUUGGCAUGGUGGCGUUCCGCAACAGCAUGGUGGACACGGACAUGACAGCCGAGCCGAGCAUGACGCUUGUGGCCAAGGAUGUCCCGUCCAAGUACGGCGCGCUCACGGCGCGCAACAUCAUCUUGCGGCGAAAGCUCACGGACCGCACCAAGUUUGACUCGGCCGACUACCAGCUCAAGAAGCUCGGCGUCACGUCGGACGUGAUCGGCGCGGACCAGGUCGAUGUCGAUAUGACAGCAGGCAACGACGACCAAGACGUCGACAUGGGCAGCGGCGCGACCAUGUCGCCACGCGUGACGAUGGCCAAGCCCCAGUCGCCGCGCCCUAUGUCGCCCGCAAUGCCAACGAGCCCCUCUAACAAGUAUGGCAAGAUGUGCGCGGCCAACAUUUUGAUCCGGAAGAAGCUCAAGGAGCGGAAACGCUUCGACUCGGCCGACUACUCGAUGGAGCGCCAAGGCAAGAAGAAGGCGUCGAUGGAAGACGCGACCCCUGUACCGUACCUCCAGGCAACGUCCAUGGAGACCUCCGACUCGGACGUGCACUCGCCCGUGACCAAGCAAAUGAAGCUCACCCGGGUCGCGGGCCGGAAUAUCUUUUUACAGCGAAAGCUGCCCGACCACUUCAAGCCGUCGUUUUAA